UUUAAUUAAAUACGCGCCAAUUUAUAUUAUUUCUGAUUUCCAACAAGAGAACAGCUUUUAACCGAACAGUCGUUUGAUUUAUAAUAAACAAUUGUUAAUUGGUUAAAAUGUUAAGUCUAUAGCGAUUGGUACAUACAGAUUUAGACUUAAUUAGUACCCAUACUAAACAGUUAAAAGGAUUUAGCUGUAAGUAGUUAAUUUAUAUUUGAUAUUCAACAUUUCGUGCGUAGAAGGUUGAAGUAAAAAAUAAAACGAAGUAACAAUGGGCGAAAACGAACAGUCGUCGUCAACAUUAAAUACGACUUAUGGGAAUUCUACUUUGUCAAACGAAACAAUUUUUCAUGCUGUAUAUAUACCUGAAGAAAAUGAUUAUUUAGCAGAGAAUGAUUCAAAAAAAAAUAUUCGAGUUUAUCAAGAUAAAGCUGAAGCUUUAAAAGUAAUUAAAGAAUUUAAAACUGGUCGUUUGAAAUCAUUUAAGAAACGAUCAGAAGCUGAAGAAUAUGCAAAGACUGGUUUUGAAAAAAUAAAUUCUGUUAAUAAUACUUUAUUACCGUCAACUGUACCUGUAGUAGAGGAAAAGUCAUGUAAUUUUAAAGCUCCACGAUCUCAGGAUCUAGUAUGUUUUAGAAAAUUAAUUAAAGAUGGAGAUUUAUAUGCUGUAAAGACUACAAUAUGGGGAAAUCCAAGAUAUUUAAUUGGUAGUGGUGAUACUCCUGCAAUUUUACAAGAGGGAUGUCGAUAUAAUGCAUUACAUAUUGCAGUCAAAGCAGAUAGACCAGAUAUGUGUGAGUUAAUAUUAAACACUGUUGGAAAUACGGAAUACAUAAAGUUACUUUAUGGUGAUGAAUGCAAAAGUUAUGUGGAUCGUGCACAGAUUCUGUUAGAUCUAUACCUAAAUACGCCUGAUAAAGGAUUAAAUGAAACUCCAUUACAUUUUGCUGUUAAAUUUGGACUGAAAGAUGUAGUUCGAGUUCUUGUUUCAUAUCCGUGCUGUAUAAAAACAUUGCCAAAUAAAUACAAACAACUACCAGUAGAUAUAAUUUGCAGUAGAGCCUGUCAAGACGAUACAGAAUUAAAAAAAGAGAUAUGUUUAUUAUUGGAAGAACAGUAUUAUGUACCUGUAUUAAGAGCAGAUGAUAAUUCAUUUCAGCCUAUCAUUGGAGAACCUUUUUCUCCAACUAAACCUUUGAAUUUAAGUACGGAUCCAAUUAGUCCACGUUUAGAGGUACGCGCAUUUGCGGGACCAAUGACAAAGUCUCGUGCAGUAGAAUUUCGAAAAAAAUGGAAAACUCCUCCGCGUUCUCACAUCAACUCGAUUAGAAACGUAAUUGAUAAUGAAUCUAAUACUACAGACAGUCCAGUCAAUAACUUGACUUUAAGGCUUCAAGAUACAGAGAAAGGACUUGAACGGGUUGGAAGGGAUUUAGCAGAAGAAUACAAAGUACCAUGGAAAGAAUAUUGGCCAUUUUUAAAUGAUUUCGCAGAUUUUCGUACUACAGCAGGUUUAAUGAAACUUGAAAAAUAUUUAGAACACAAGUUUCAAUUACUUUAUUAUAGUCAGAACUCAAAUAAUGAAGUAACAGAUUCAAAUUUAAAUGCGGAAACAAAAGAGGAACUAAUUCAUGAAAUAGAUCAUUUAUGCAAUGAAUUACAAUCAUGUACAUUGUUUAAUACAGAUAAUCAAGACGAAAAUAAUGUUGAGGAACUAGAAUUUUUUACACCACCGUCAUCGCCAAAAUUAACUGUAGAUAGUUCUGAUGAUGAAAUGGAAAUUGCAGAAGAAGGUCCUGGUAUAUUUCUUGAGGGAUUUAUACCAACAAAACUGGAUUAUGCUGUUUAUAAUGCGGUACCAUUAUCACUUAAUUCCAAUACAUAUCCAAACAUUUAUCGUUGGCAACAUGACAUGCACCUUAUUAUGAAACCUGAUUUACACAGAAAAAGUAAUCUAAGGAUAGUAAAAAAGAAAUUGAUGAUGACCUUCUAGGUACGUGAAAUAUGAAAGUGUCGAGCAGUGUAUAAAAAUAAAACUGUAUAAAAUUUUUAUAUUAUGCACAACAAAUUAUGCGUUAAAUAAUAUUAGUAUACUUCAAAACUUAUUAGAUAUACUAAAAACAGUAUAUUUUCAGAAAAUUUUAUAUGAUAACUGAAGAAAAUGAUUAAAAUAAUUUACGAAAUUUUA